GUAUCAACCGUAGCAGUUGAACGAGAAUUCAGUGCUGGCGGCAACAUUCUAACCGACUACCGAAGUUGUCUUAACGCUGAAUCUCUUGAAACACUGGUUUGCAACCAAGAUUGGCUCUUGGCAAGACGUCGGGCUCAAGAGUCAUCGUACCAACUCGAAUCGGAGCAUUACAUGAAUGCAACCACAGAUGGAAGUCCGAGUUCUGAAGAAUAAGUUAUAAAUUUUUUUUAUGUUAAUGUAAAUAUGUAAUUAGUUUUUUUAGAGCCUCUCACUCCACUCUUUUCCAAUCGAUUAAAGCUCAAUUGCCGUUUCUAGCUACUUUCUGGCUAAUAAACAGUCCCGCCACCAGUUUGCAUCCUUUUUUGGAGGGAGUUCUUAUUUCUUACACCAUUUUUAAUUCCAGCCAGCAAUCCGUUCCAGUCCCUACUCUAUCAAUCUCGCUCAGGCCAGCCAAUGGAUGAUGGCGGCGCUUGGUGCGAUCGUUGAAACGAGCAACCGAUCCCUCCUGCUCAACGCACUCCUCUCGAACUGGAAAUGUGGAAUCCAAUGCCGCCGCCGCUGCAGCGGCCAUUCCUCUCUAAAUCCAUGUACUAGAUCGGUACUCUCCUCUCAGUCUCGGUUCAUGGCCUUCUUCUUCUCUCUGCGCAACCCUAAUUCUCGGUUAUCAGCUUCCCCUGUGCCUCCAAUGUCUAAUGGCAGGCCAAAUUCGAACGGACUGGUUCAUCAUAUGCGUCCAAUUCCAAGUCGGAAUCCAAAUCCAAAUGGAAGGGCAUCAUCUAAGACUAUAAUCUCUCGUCAGUUCACUGUGAACGCCUCUUCCAGUUCGCACUCUCUUCCAGGUGUUGAUGGUGUGAUGAUGGACUAUAUACGCGGUCGAUCCAGAGCCACUCUGGUUGCCCAUAGUCUGUGGAGGCAUAUUGUUCAGAAAGGGGACACAGUGAUUGAUGCCACUUGUGGAAAUGGUAACGAUACUCUGGCAUUAUUGAAAAUGGUUGCCGAUGACACACGGAGAGGCCGUGUAUAUGGAAUGGAUGUUCAGAAAGUUGCUUUGCAGAAUACAUCUCUUUUACUAGAUCAAUCUGUUAACCCCGAAGAUAAAGAACUUGUUGAGCUGUUUUGCCUGUGUCAUAGUCACAUGGGAGAUGUGAUUCCUGAUGGUGUAAAAGUAAGGCUAGUUGCAUUCAACUUGGGCUACUUACCAGGGGCAGACAAAAACAUCAUUACCAAGUCAGAAACAACAUUACUCGCAAUAGAGGCUGCGAGGAAAAUCCUAAUGCCCGGAGGACUCAUCAGUAUAGUGGCGUAUGUUGGCCACUCUGGAGGAAGGGAAGAAUUUGAGAAGAUUGAAGAAUCCACUUCCAGAUUACCAUUCAAAAGUUGGAAUUGUUGCAAACUCCAGAUGUUAAACAGACCAUUAGCACCUGUACUUGUGUUUCUAUUUAAAAAAUGAAUAGUUCAAAUAUGAGAAUUAACAGGGGAUCUCUCUUGCAGGCAAUCAAGUUGACCAGAAACUUGUUUUGACUAGAUGGACAUUUUAUUUGAUGAGGGAAUAUAACUCUAUUUUGUACAUAUCAUUUUUAAUUUGAGUUCUCUGUCAAUGAAUAUUUUGGCUCUUA